AUCCGAUUAUGCUUUCAGCAUGCGCGCUUGUGUUCAAUCAUGAGGAACUGGGGACCGAGCUACAAGAGAAGCCAUGUGCUUGCCGCCGCAUAGGGUCCUUCAGUGGGAUCUUCUAUCAGAUUUUGAAUCAAACCUACCGUCAAACCUAUAUUAUCCCAAAGAUCCGCGAGUAAUCAUCAAACUCAACCAUGAAAUCCGACGAAAUCCCAAAAGUCGACACAGUCGAAACCCAUAUCCCAGGGUUGGGCAAGAUAAAAGGUCUCUCCUACAACGACUCAACAUGCCAGUAUCUCGGAAUCCCAUACGCAAAUAUCCCAGGGCGUUUCCGGAGAUCAGUUCCUUCACCAGCAUGGAAAAAUGGCGAGCACGACGGCACAAAACUAGGGCCAUAUUGUCCACAGCCACCUCGAGACUUCUAUCCCAUCCCCUCAGCCGCAAGACCAUGGCUCGAAAUGCCAAGCGCGGACGAACUCAACUGCCUCAAUCUCAACAUCUCAGUACCUAGACUACCCUCUCAAAAUGGAUCAAAACUACCUGUCAUGGUGUUCUUACACGGCGGCGCAUUUGUGUAUGCAAUGGGUUCAUCGCCGAUUUACGAUGGCCGGAUCCUCGCCGAUGCUUCAGCGAAUGUGCUUUCCAAACCAACCAUAAUCAUCACGCUGAACUACCGCCUCGGAGUCUAUGGAUUUCUCGCGGGCCACGACCUGGAGGCAUACAACAAACAGCACGGAGACUGUGGUGUCGGGAACUACGGCAUCUGGGACCAAGUUCUUGCCCUGCGAUGGAUCCAGCAACAUAUCGCCGGUUUUGGUGGCGACCCGAACCAAGUCACGCUUUUCGGCCAAAGCGCUGGCGGAGUUUCAGUGCACACGCACCUCCUUCGAGAUGAAGCGCUCUUCUCAUCUGCUAUUCUGCAGUCUGGGCUGAUCAGGCUGUGUGGAGUCAUGUCGAUUGACGAAUAUCAGAUUUGCUAUGAGAAUAUGCUCCUCGAGCUAGGAAUCAGCCUCGACCUCCCACCUGCCGAAAGAGUCAUGCAACUUCUCGCUGUCAGUACCGCCAAUGUUACGGCUGCGAUGGUCCCUGUUUUCAUCACGCCCGUCAUCACGAUGGGGCUAUGCGAUGACAAAGUGCUCAUUCCCGGCGGGAUCCCUACUUAUGCGCAAUACGACGAAUUCAAGAUCCCCGAAUGGUGUCCGAGGAUCAUGUUGGGCGACUGCAUCAACGAGUGUAUCAUCUGGAACAAAGCAUGGGAUAAUCUGUCUCCAAUUUCGAUGGCCAAGGACGCAGAUCUUUCGACGCCCACAGCGCCUCUUCUUCUCCGGAAGAUGGAGUCCUAUCUCGGCGCUGAAAAGGCUAAGGUGAUUGCAGACCUGUACGGUAUCUCAGAAGCCUCGACGCCGGCGGAGACAUUCACUGCGUUGGAACGAUUCACGAGCCAUGGGAUGUACUCCGCACUGAACUAUUUCGCUGAAUUGGCGUCUCCGAGUGUGUAUGCGUGGCAUUUUGACGUCCCUUCGCCAUACGACAAUGCGUGGGGUGGCAUGGCACACCACUCGUUUGACAAUGUGCUUAUCUGGUCUGUGUUGAAGCAUACAUUGCCUGAAGGACACCAAAGGAUCGGAGAGGUUAUGGUGGAGGCGUGGAUCAAGUUUGCAAAUGGCGAGGCGCCUUGGGAAAGGUUUGAUGACAAGAAGCGGUGGAUGGUGAUCAAGGAGAGUGGCGCGAAGAUGAUGACCCGCGAGGAGGACCAGGGCCGAGGGUAUGAGAUCUGGGACCGGCUGCAUGAGCUAGAUCUCAUCAAGGAUUUCGCGGAUAUGAGCGUCGAGCUAUGUCAGCUCAUCGUUGAUGUGACUGACCAUGGUUGACGCAGUGACAAGCGGGCUUGUUAUCAGUCCGGCUGCAUAUGGGUUCGUUGUCAUCUCGUUGGUUUUCAGAGUAACAACUUGAUCGGCUGUGUCGGGACUAUUUGCAAGCUUGAACCGUUCAAGGCAGAAAGGCACAGUAGAUGCUAGGCCAUCAGCCAUAGCUUGUAAGUCGACAAGGGAACUCGUGCUUUGUUCACGCUGAAGGCUAUUCGGAUUUGUUUCGAUGAAUUGAAGAAUGCUCAGGCGUGUACUGAGGACAAGCAUUCUGCUGGAGUAGUAUCGCGCCCAAAUCGCGGCAUCUUCGAGUCUCUGGAAGCUGGAGACUACUGGGGGAAAGAAGCUCGUCUUAGGCCAAAUUCGAUGAGUCGGUAGAGGAUGUCGAGUGUAUGACCACGCUUCCGGGAAAUGUGCUCUCCAGUCCUGCA